UACUUAUACGCCAACGCCCAGUUGUGUCGCAUUUCUAUUUCAGAAGUUGUUUCAUUCUAUUGUCAGAAUGAGAUACGCUCGUGGAUUGCUUCUGGUUUGUGCCUGCGCACUCUGCCGCCUGGUUCUCGAAGCAACUGCUGAAUCCGGACGGGCUACCAUUCGGGUAACUCAAGACUAUGACGAAGAUGAAGCCGAAUCGCGAGCAGAAAGUGCGAUUGCUGACUUGGAAGAAGCGGACAAACGAGAAGAGGAAAUAGAUGAGAAAAUACAGUCAAGUCACGAUGCCGCUGAUGAGGCUGAGAUUGAAGAGGAAGUCGCUGAGACAGCAGUUGCUGAAAAAGCCAUCGCUGCCGAAGAUGCAAUGCACAAUGCAUCUCCAGACGGAAAUUUGGAGAGACUCAUGUCCGAACUCGUUGCGGCAACGUACGAAUUGCGCUCGGUCAACCAGAAGCUGAAACUGCUUGACUAAAUCUAAAUCGGUCGAGAGGAAACAAACAAGGCGGGCCCCACGCUGACGGGUAGUCAGAGGAAGGCGUGGAACAAAUCGGAGCCACUUCGUCAGAAACCAUACAUAGAGAUGGAAAGGAGCGCGUGAACAAUCAAGUGAAAACUUGUCGUACUAAGGAUUAUAGUACAAAGUGUGGUAGCAAACAGGCAAAUUUGGCGAUGCCGUUUCUUUUGUGUGUUAAUAUCUGUGGGGCGUUCCGGAUGUUUAAACCACAAUGCAAAGUCAUGUCACCGGUUAACUGUUCGCGUCUCUGGUUUUCCCCAGUGAAUUGUAGAGACUGCGGCCACUCCAAACGGCAAGCGCACAAACCUUCCAAGCCCGUCUGCAGCAUAA